UAGCUUUCAGCAUCACAACACUAUGCUUCAAACUGCCUAUUUUGACGCAUUUCCAUGUAAAAAAACCUAAGACUAAAAACUAAAAACGCAAUGGCUCGCUCCUCCUUGCUGUUACACUACUUCUCAGGCUCAGGCUCAGGCUCAUUCAGACGUAUCUUCUUCUUCAUCUUCACAACCUUAGCUCUCACAACCUCUCUCUUCAUUCUCUUCUCCAUAUCCACCACCUCUAACCUCUUCACCCAUUAUCAUCCACCUGACCCAUCCUUUUUAGGCCUCAAUUCUCCAUUUGGGUCUUCAACUUUCUCUCCCCUUACUCGCCAAACCGUCUCUAUUUCAUUUCACAAUCAUUCCAAAACACCCUUUCAAUUUCAAGUGCCCCAAAUUGUUCAUUUGGGAGAAGGAGGAUUUGGAAGUCAACGCCCUCUAGAACCUCGAUUCCCCCCAGACGGUCAUGGAAACUAUGUGAAUUACAACGAGGUGUACCAUGAUAGAGAUAUCUUUGUGGAAGACUAUAAGGAAAUGAAAAGGAGCUUUAAGAUAUAUGUUUAUCCUCACAAGCGAAAUGAUCGUUUUGCAAAUGUGCUGUUGCCAGUGGGUUCCAAACCUGGGGGUAAUUAUGCUAGUGAAAGUUACUUUAAGAAGGUCCUUAUGAGUAGCCAUUUCAUCACAAAAGAUCCAACCAAGGCAGAUCUUUUCUUUCUACCUUUCUCUAUUGCAAGCUUGCGGCAUGACCCUAGAAUUGGUGUAGGAGGUAUUAAAGAUUUUAUUAAAGAUUACAUCCUCAAUAUUAGUCAGAAGUACCCAUAUUGGAAUCGGACAGGUGGGGCUGAUCAUUUCUAUGUUGCCUGUCAUUCCGUUGGACGGUCAGCAAUGGAUAAAGCAAAUGAAGUGAAAUUCAAUGCAAUCCAAGUUGUGUGUUCUUCUACCUAUUUCCACCCUGGGUACAUUGCUCAUAAAGAUGCAUGUCUACCACAAAUUUGGCCAAGACAAGGAGUCCUCCCUAAUCUUUCUUCAACAAACAGGAAGAAGCUCGCAUUCUUUGCUGGAAAAAUUAACUCCCCAGUUCGAGAAAAACUUCUUCAAGUAUGGAGAAAUGACAACGAGAUCUUUGCCCACUUUGGCCGGCUCACGACUCCUUAUGCUGAUGAGCUGCUUGGGAGCAAAUUCUGCCUCCAUGUUAAAGGCUAUGAAGUAAACACAGCUCGUAUUGCAGAUUCACUAUAUUAUGGUUGUGUUCCUGUGAUCAUUGCCGACUACUAUGAUCUGCCAUUUGCAGACAUAUUAAACUGGAAAAGUUUCUCAAUUAAUGUUGCCACUUUAGAUAUCCCAUUGCUUAAAAAAAUCCUUAAGAGGUUAAGCUUUGAAGAAUAUCUAAUGUUACAAAGGAAUGCAUUGAAGGUGCGACAACAUUUCCAGUGGCACCUUUCCCCGGUUGAUUAUGAUGCAUUUUACAUGGCUAUGUAUGAGUUGUGGCUUCGUCGGAGUUCUGUAAGGCUGCCCUUGAAUGCUUUUGUUCAUCCCAAUUGACCACCGUAAAUUAUUCUCAAGUGAUUUUUUGUUUCACAAUAGCAUUGGCCUUUUGUAUUACUUAUUACUGAUUAAUUUUUUCUAUAAAGCAGUUCAGCAUGUCAUAUCAGUAACUCCGGAAAAUGUAUAAAUUGUUAAUUUGUUAUAUGAAGAUUGUGAAAGGGAAAUAAGGGGUGCCGUUGGCUACACGCCUGUCAAGAUCUUCAA